CCCGUCACCGCGUCAUCAAUGACAUUCUCCAUUUCGUUCUCGUUCCCCAUAUCCGUCUCGCUCGGAGCUCGCCGGAAUCUCGAGCUUUUGCCGCGAGCGUGAGCAAAACCGAGGAGCUCCAGCCGGUGGAGGAGCUGAGAAGAUCUUUGGAUGGCGGGCGGGUACAGAGCGGACGACGAUUACGAUUACCUGUUCAAGGUGGUGCUGAUCGGGGACUCCGGCGUCGGCAAGUCCAACCUCCUGUCCAGAUUCACCCGCAACGAGUUCAGCCUGGAGUCCAAGUCCACGAUCGGCGUCGAGUUCGCCACUCGCAGCAUCCGCGUCGACGACAAGGUCGUGAAGGCCCAGAUUUGGGACACCGCCGGCCAGGAGAGGUACCGAGCAAUCACUAGUGCAUAUUACCGAGGAGCUGUUGGCGCAUUGCUUGUCUAUGAUGUAACUCGUCAUGUCACAUUCGAGAAUGUGGAGAGAUGGUUGAAGGAGCUGCGGGAUCACACAGACUCUAACAUCGUUAUAAUGCUUGUGGGGAAUAAGGCUGAUUUGCGACAUUUAUGUGCUGUUUCUACUGAAGAUGCGACGGCAUUUGCAGAAAAGGAAAAUACCUUCUUUAUGGAGACCUCUGCGCUCGAGUCUAUGAAUGUUGAGAAUGCGUUCACUGAAGUGCUCACCCAAAUAUAUCGAGUAGUCAGUCGGAAAGCUCUUGAGGCUGGGAAUGACCCUGCAGCUCUUCCUAAAGGACAGACUAUUAAUGUUGGAUCAAAGGAUGACGUCUCAGCAGUUAAAAAGGUUGGUUGCUGCUCUGCUUGAGGAUUUACCCGUCGAACAUUUAGGGAAAUGAAAUACGUCGUUUAUUCUGCAACCCGGGUUUUACGAGAAUACAUGUGGCAAGUCUCAAAUUUUCUCCAGUAGUCUCGUGUGUCAAGAUGCUUUAGUUUCUCAGCUCUCUUUGGUUUUCAGUUUUCUAUUUUAUACUUGUUGUACUCUUUCUCAUGUAUAAUUCUUUCCUUUUCUCUGGCUCUUCCCUUCUUUUUUCUCUUGGGUUGUGAUUGCUCUAAAUUAUUCGGACAAGCUCGAAAAUUGUAUUCUGAUAGCCUAGUUUCUGUAUUUGAGAUCAUGAGACGUGACUUGCACGGAGAAUAGAAUACAGGCACAUGAUUUCAUUUAAAUCCAGGGGCAUUAUUCCA